GCACAACGCCGUUCGCUCUUUGUCCGCUCGCUGCCCGACUCUGCCACCUCCGAAUCUUUGACUGAGAUCUUCUCCGCUUCGUUCCCCAUCAAGCACGCCGUUGCUGUUACCGACAAGGAAUCGAAGAAGUGCAAGGGUUAUGGUUUCGUCACCUUCGCCGACGCCGAGGACUGCCAAAAGGCAAAGGAAGAGUUCAACGGCUUCGCUGUCGACGGAAAGAAGUUGCGCUGCGAGGUCGCCGAGCCCAGGCACCGUGAGAAGGGCGCUGCCGCUGUCCCCUCAGCCGGUGAGAAGUUCAAGGAUGCUCAGGCCAAGGAACGCGCUGCCGCCCAAGUCCCGAGACUUAUUGUUCGCAACCUUCCCUGGAGCAUCAAGUACCCCGAUCAAUUGGCCAAGCUCUUCCAGAGCUACGGAAAGGUCAAGCACACCGUCCUUCCCAAGGGCAAGACUGGUCUCCUCCGUGGUUUCGGUUUCGUCAUCAUGCGUGGUAGACCCAAUGCUGAAAAGGCUAUCGAGGGUGUGAACGGAAAGGAAAUUGAUGGUAGACAGUUGGCUGUUGACUGGGCCGUCGACAAGGAGACCUGGGACAACACUCCUCAAGAGGAGAGCAAAGAGAAGGAUACAACCAGCGGAGACGCCGCUGAGGAAGAUGCCGUAGAUGGCGCCAACGAACACAUCAUGGACGAGGAUGAUGACGAGUCUGGUUCUGACGACGACGACGAAGACGUCGACAUGGAUGACAUGGACGAAGAGGAGGAUGUGAAGCCGAGAACAGAGGACAACUCUUCCACACUCUUCAUUCGCAACCUGCCCUUCUCAGCAACAGACGAGAGUCUUGAGGACCACUUCACUCAAUUUGGCGCUGUUCGCUACGCAAGAAUCGUUGUCGACCAAGAGACCGAGCGUCCCAGAGGUACUGGUUUCGUUUGCUUCUACGAGCUGGAAGACUGCGACAAUGUUCUCAAGAACGCCCCCAGACACCAGCCUCCUCGUUUGAACGACCCCAAGGCCAAGGACGGCUCUAUUCAGAUGACCCACUCCGUACUACAGAACGAGGACGCCGAUCCCACUGGAAAGUUUACCCUAGAUGGACGUGUCCUGCAGGUAUCCCGUGCCGUCAACAAGAAUGAAGCCAGCCGUCUUACCGAGGAGGGUGCCGCAAACCGCUUCAAGCGUGAUACAGACAGAAGACGCCUAUACCUGCUGUCUGAGGGUACCAUUCCUUCCAACUCGCCGUUGUACGAGCAGCUUCCUCCCUCCGAGAGAACCAUGAGAGAGGCCAGUGCUAAGCAGAGAAAGACUCUGAUUGAAAGCAACCCUUCUUUGCAUUUGAGUCUGACCCGUCUUUCCGUCCGUAACAUCCCCAGAUCCAUCACAUCGAAGGACCUCAAACAGCUCGCCAGAGAAGCUGUCGUCGGUUUCGCCACAGAUGUCAAGGAGGGCAAGCGUGGAAAGCUCAACAGGGAGGAGCUCGGCAGAGGUGGUGAAGAAGACGUCAAGGCCGAGGCCGACCGUAAGAAGCGUGCCAAGGGUAUCGUCAAGCAAGCAAAGAUUGUCUUCGAGGGCCGCGAGGGCGCCAAAGUGGACGAGAAGAGUGGCGCCGGCCGCAGUCGUGGUUACGGUUUCAUCGAGUACUACACACAUCGUUCAGCUCUGAUGGGUCUGCGUUGGUUGAACGGUCACGCCAUCGGCUACCAAGCACAAGAACAAAAGGGCAAGGGCAAAAUGUCGCAAGAGAUGCUCGCCGAACGCAAGAAGCGCCUGAUCGUCGAGUUCGCCAUUGAAAACGCCCAGGUCGUCAAGCGCAGAAAGGAGAUUGAGGAAAAGUCUCGCGAGCGUUCAUUCGCGGCCACCGCACCCACUGCCGAUGGCAAGAGAGUGCCCACGGGUCGUGACACCAAGUUUGGAGCGGGUGACCGCGGCAAAGGAGGCAAGUUCGACCGCAAGCGCAAGCGAGAUGGCAAGGACGAGGCUCCUGUUGAGGAGGAGAAGAACAAGAAGGAUCCCGCGGAUGAGAAGUUGGCGAAGCGUCAGCAAAUCAUUCAGAAGAAGCGUAUGGCUCGUCGUGCCCGCAAG